AUGACCAGUGAAAGAAUCCACUCGCCGGGCCAGGAGAUGGCGCUAGAGGCUGCCUUCCCGCAGUUCACUCGACUCCCUCCCGAGCUGCGUGUGAUGAUCUGGGAAUUGUGCAUUCCCAAUCGGGUCAUCGAGCUCAACCAACCCCCGGAGUUGAUUAGGGGGGCCACUGGCUGUCGUCGAGCAUCUCCACGCAGACGAUUGCUUCCCACGAUUGCCUAUGUCAACCACCAGGCUCGAGCGGAGGUACUUAGACACCUCUUUGAAAUGCCCAGACUCCAGUUCGGAGGUAGAUGGACCCCGACAGAGGACUUCUCUGUACAGAACAAUCGGGACAUUGUCGUCCUGUACAACUCUCACCCGGUGGACUUGCUGCACAGCUGGCGAGGCGAUUCAAGGAUUAGGAACAUCUUCCAGCAGAUUCAGCGACAUGCUGCCGACGUGGCCAUCUGCUCGGUCAGAACUCAGCCUCAUUCCAAUGGUUUACUGAAUAUUCUGGGGCUGCGACAAGUACUGAUCCCUUUCACUGGAUGGCAUGACCCUCUCAUCAUCAUGCGGGAUAUCACAAUACAUGCGACGAGGGCUGAGGUUGCACCCACUGGUCUGUUUGGUCUGCUGGGCGAUGCUCCCAUUCAGCUGGUCGACCCUUUUGACGAGAGGGAAGUUAGCCGCUACUGUCAGCUGUACCGGGAUGUUCAGUGUGGUCAAAACCGGAGCACCAGUCGCUUUUUCGAUACCCUCGAGGACUUGACAGGGCUCGUGUGGGAAGAGGUCCGCAGGGCUCAAACCCGAGAAGUUUGGCUGUGGUGGCUCGAGUGGAGUAUGCAGGGCUUUGCGGGGAUUGAGGAUCCUGAUCAUAUCUUCGUUCCGUAUGAAGAGACUUUAGAUCUGGACAUGCGGUCCGUGGCCACCUUCACCGGGGACGAUGCAAAUUCAGACAUUCGCGUCGAUCUGUUCACAGCAAAUGAAGGCCAUCCCCUGGUGCAGAACAUUUUGAGCCACAUCAGCUACACACCUCGAGUCAUGUUUCGGUGGUGUGACAGAUACUGCCAUGGCGUGACCGUGGCCGCCUGUUUGUGCCUAUGA